GACAAUCUUCACAUCUUACCAACUGGAGGAGCUGGAAAAGGCCUUCAAUGAGGCUCACUAUCCUGACGUAUAUGCUAGAGAGAUGUUGGCCAUGAAAACAGAGUUGCCAGAAGACAGGAUACAGGUUUGGUUCCAGAACCGCCGGGCCAAAUGGCGGAAGAGGGAGAAGUGCUGGGGCAGGAGCAGUGUGAUGGCUGAGUACGGGCUCUACGGUGCCAUGGUGCGUCACUCCAUCCCACUGCCCGAGUCCAUCCUCAAAUCUGCCAAGGAUGGCAUCAUGGAGUCCUGCGCCCCUUGGCUCCUGGGGAUGCACAAAAAGUCUCUGGAGGCAGCGGCUGAGGCGGGAAGGAAGACGGAGGUGGAGCGCCAGGCCCUGCCCAAGCUUGACAAAGGUGACAAGGAAGAGAGGGGUCCGGAUCCCAAACCCACCAUUUCCCAGGAGGAACUGAGAGAAAACAGCAUUGCCGCCCUCAGGGCCAAAGCUCAGGAGCACAGCACCAAAGUCCUGGGGACCAUCACCGGGACGGAGAAGCUGAACUCGUCGUCGCAGAAGGAGGAGAAGCUGAUCUAG